GGAUACCUCCUCUUUGUUUGUUCUACUCCGUCACCGCGUCGCAUGUGUGUGAAUGAUACAAUUCCCAACUGGCUCUCGCUAAACGUCAGCGCUCCCACUUCCACUGCCGCGCCAUAUGGUUCCCUCCGCCGACGCGUUCCGCGGCAACCCGCCCGGCCCGGCGGGCGGCGGCGAUGAUGACACCGAGAUCCGAGUCCUUGUCCCGCUGUUCCUCGCCUCCGCCUUCCUGUUCUUCGUGACCUACCAGCUCUUCGGCCUCGCCGCGGCCGGCGGCGUCGUGGCGCUCUUCGCCGUCUUCGCGCUCGCCGCCCACCGCGUCAGGUUCUCCUGCGCCUUCCCCUUCCUGCACCUGUCCUGGCCGGGCGUGACCACCGGGGGCGGCGGCAGCGGCGCCGUGCUGUUCCGGACUGGGGCGACCGGCGGGAUGGACGCGGCGGCGAUCUCGGCGCUCCCAGCGGCGUUCGGGUACAAGCGGGACCACCCCGCGACGGGGUGGGCGCAGUGCGCGAUAUGCCUGGGCCUGGUGCGCGCCGGCGAGGCCGUGCGGCGGCUGCCGGCGUGCGGGCACCUGUUCCACGCCGGGUGCAUCGACAAGUGGCUGCGCGCGCACGCGACGUGCCCGCUCUGCCGCGCCGCCGUCGGCGCCGCCGCCGCCGCGCCGGAGCUGCCUAUCUAACGGCAUGGCACCGGCGCAAUCAGAUCGUAGGGAGUUUGUUGCUAUGCUAGGGAUUCUCUUCAUUAGUGCUGAGUUCAUCAGAAUUCUGACAUCGAGUUCGUGAUCUUGGCAUGAAACCAUUUUCGUGUUCUAGAGGAGUAUUAGCUGAAUUAAUCCGGGACUGAAAUUAUGGUGCGUGAAAUGUGCAUGAGAAUUGUUCGAGAACAUCAUCGAGGGGUGGAUAACUAAGGGUGUGUUUGGUUGCAUGCACCACAUGAUGCAUGCAUGGA